UGAUUGUGUAUUCGUGGUGGCCGCUGGGGGGCAGCAUGGAGAAACAGAGGAGAAGAAGUACAUUGACGUGAGACAGUAGAAGAAGGCAGGAGUAAACAUGGCUCAGGAAAAGGGAACGGCAGUUCCAGUUUUACUUAGUAAAGCAGAGUUAUUAAAACAAGGAGCAGAAGCCCGGGUGUACCGAGCAGAAUUUCUGGGAAAGCCAGCGAUAGUGAAAGAAAGGUUCCCAAAACGCUAUAGACACCCGGUGCUGGACGAAAAGCUGACACACCGCAGGACGGUGCAGGAGGUCCGCUCAAUACUGCGCUGCCGGAAAGCAGGCAUAUCUGCCCCUGUAGUCUACUUUGUGGACUACACCUCCCACUGUAUUUUCUUGGAGGAAAUUGUGGGCUCCUCGACUGUGCGUGACCACAUUGCAUCUACUCAGCAGUCCUGUAAGGACCAGGAGCUGGAGCGGCUGGCUCAGCAGAUGGGCCAGAUCCUGGCCAGAAUGCACGAUGAGGACGUCAUCCACGGAGACCUGACCACCUCCAACAUGCUGCUGAGACGUGGCACGGAGGAUGAAGAGUCCGAUCUGGUCCUCAUUGACUUCGGCUUGAGUUACAUCUCUGCUUUGCCGGAGGAUAAGGGGGUGGACUUGUAUGUGCUGGAGAAGGCUUUCCUCAGUACCCACCCCAACACAGAGGCACUGUUUCAAAAGCUGCUGAAGAGCUACACAGCGUCAUCCAAGAAGUCGUCAGCAGUCAUUAAAAAGCUUGACGAGGUUCGGUUGAGAGGGAGGAAGAGGUCCAUGGUGGGAUGACGAUCCAAGCUGCGUUCAGGGACAAACCUCUCUGGAAAUGAUGUGUCUAAAAAUGUGCUUAAAUUAUAAAGCUGUUAUUGUGCACAAAGGACUGUUGUAUGUGAAGUAACAAUAAAGAAUAAAAAAAAGUAUUUUCUAGUAAAA